UGACGCACGUCAACAUCAGGUGCUUGGAGACAGUACACAGGUUAUGGCGGAGAAACUGGAUUUCGGCGCUUUAAGCCCCGAUCAGCUGGAAAAACUGCAUCAGUUCAAGAUCAAGACGAGGAUAGCUAAUGAAAAAUAUUUAAGAUCUCAUCCAGAGGUUGAAAUGUUAUUGAGUGACUUUUUAAGGGAUGUGUUUCUGAAAAGGCCUACAAAUAUUCGUGAAUUUGCAGCAGGUUAUUUCUGCAAUCCAGGACUGUCAAAGGAAAUUAAAGCCCAAGUGAAAAUCAAUGAUAUGUGAAAAUACCAAAUUGUGGAUGCUUACAUUUCUCUUUUAAUAAAAGAGAAAAAAAUCAGAAAUGUGUGUAGGUCACAAUCCUUCCAACUGUAUUUUGAAGUAUCUUUACUGUACCUCUUUAUUAUCAGGAAUAAUUAGUGCAUUGAAUGUCAGGGGAGAGGGCAGUUCAGGCUUGUUUGUACAAUAAUUCCACAGGGAUAAAAGAUGAAAUGAACUAAAUUGAUCAGGUCUUGCUGUUUUUAAUGUACACUGGAAAAAAUGUAUUUUGUGGUGAAGUAAAUAUAGCAGAAAAGAUUAAAUACUUUUUACAUUGAAUAUGUUAAAGCGCAAACUAAAUUAAAUAAAACUGAAGUAAAUUAAAAUGGUCUAGCAUAAGUAGGGUACAACGGGGCUAAAGGCUCCCCUGGGUAUACGGCUCCUUUGAUUUAAUGUUCUCCCAAAUGCUAAACA